AUGGAGAAUCUUGAAGGAAGAAGAAGAGAUACAACCAUAACCGAUGUAACGAAGAUGACCGGUUCUUCAGUUGUGGCUGCUACCGUACUAGCCGUGACAGUGGUCGGACCGCUUCUAGGUCUAAUGAGUUUCAGCCUUGUGGCGACAAUGACUCUGUUUCUGAUAGCUUCUCCAUUGAUGCUGAUAUUUGCGCCGGUUUUGACGGUGACGGUGGCGAUUCUUGCGGCGGCUAUGGUUGGUUUUGGUGUGGCUGCAGCCAUGUGGACUGUGGGGAUAGCUGCGGCGGUUUGUUGUGGAAGAGAGAUUGGUAUUGGAAAAGGAGUGGCUAAGAGAAUUGUGGAGUCGGUGUUGAGAGAGUUAGGUUAUAAUUCCAAAAUCUGA